CAGAUCCAAUCUCGGCCUAGCCUCGGCCGCCCUCGGACGUUUUCCUUGGUCGAUGAUUUUCUUUGGAUAUUUUGCGCUCUUUUCAGCAUUGUAACCUAUUUGUUUUCUUUAAUUGAUAACAUUCCUCGAAAUGUCAGCCCCAGGAUCUAGCACAAAUCAAGUUGCACAGCAGAAUCAUAGAAUGGCAAUACUUGAAGACUUGCAGGAGAAGAAGAAACGAAUGAGUGCCAGGAUGCAAUCAGCUGGACCAGGGGGGGCUGGAAUGCAGUUAAAAGACAAUGGAAUGGGGUUGAUGCGCGACCCCCAAGAAGCUCAGAUGUCAGCUAAUAAACAGCAACAAGCGUUGCAGCAUGCCCAUACAAAUUCUUCAGCAUAUUUCAUCACCCAAGACUCAUCGUACGGGAACCUCAUCCUUCCAGUUAUACCCAGGAUAGCUCAGCCUAUAGAAUGAUGCAUGCCUGCUAUAGCAUCAAGACUUUACGACACAGACAUUCAGAAAUACCCAGCUUUGCCAGUGGGAUAUAUAACACGUGUGUAAAGGAUCAA